UCCAGGAGAGUCUUGAACCAAGACUAGUAACACAUAUGCUGCACACACUUGCCUCCCGGGGACCCACAAUUUAAAAAGUGUUCGGAGUUCAAACUUUAACAACACAGACAGCAACUUUCAAAGUAUGGAAUUCUUCAUCUGAAACAGUUAGUUAGUUUGGACUGCAAUUAGAGACACAUUUUAGUAAUUUCGACACAUGCGACGGAAAGACGAAAUUCCCAGCUGAAUAAUGGCCGUGCAUGUAGACACCGGAGAUGCAGAAUUGGACUGUAAAAUACAACAGUGGCUUGAAUGGGAUAAGAACAUGUCUACGAGACAAGAGGUGACUGAACUUGUUAGCAACCAUUGCGUUAAAGAGCUACAUGAUAGAUUUGACGUCCGGGUGGCAUUUGGUACAGCAGGUUUAAGAGCAGGCAUGGAGGCCGGCCCUGCAAGAAUUAAUGAUCUGACAAUCAUCCAAACUAGCCAGGGCCUUCUUCGUUAUGUAGAAUCCAUGAAUCCUGAAUGUAAAUCCCAGGGUAUCGUUAUUGGAUAUGAUGCCAGGCAUUGCAGUAGAAGAUUUGCAGAUUUGACGGCAGCUAUUUUCUUAAAUGCUGGUGUUCGGGUUUUCUUGUUCUCGAAGAUCGUACCAACGCCUUUUGUGGCGUAUGCGAUCAAGAGGUAUAAAGCUGCGACUGGGGUGAUGGUAACGCCUUCCCAUAAUCCCAAGGGUGAUAACGGAUACAAAGUGUACUGGGAAAAUGGUGCACAGAUUAUAUCUCCGCAUGACAAAGGUAUCGCUAGUUCUAUUGAGUCCAAUCUGGAACCAUGGAAAUCAUCUUGGGAUACAUCACUAGUUGAAUCAAAUCCCUUGAAGACGGACCCGCUGGAUGACAUAAUGGAGGCAUACCUGGCUGAUCUACAGAACAAGAUAUAUGACAGAGACCUGAAUACGAACUGCCCAGUCCGCAUCACAUACACCGCUAUGCAUGGAGUAGGUACAGCGUUUGUCAAGAAGUCGUUCGAUGCUGUUGGUUUACCACCUCUGAUUGAUGUUGUCGAACAGGUCGAUCCCGAUCCCGAUUUUCCGACCGUCAAAUACCCAAAUCCCGAAGAAGGUAAAAGUGCGCUGGAUCUAGCCAUCAGGACAGCCAACGCGAACACUAGUAAUGUGAUCUUUGCCAACGACCCCGAUGCGGACCGGUUCGCACUGGCAGAGAAACAACCCAACGACAACUGGAAGAUCUUCACAGGGAACGAACUGGGAGCUGUUUUAGGAUGGUGGCAAUGGGUUUGUUACAUGAAGAAUAAUCCCCAGUGCACCGAUGGGAAAGAUGUGUACAUGCUGGCAAGUACAGUGUCAUCUAAGAUUCUGAGCACCAUCAGUUUAAAAGAGGGCUUUCAAUUUGAGGAAACGUUGACAGGUUUCAAGUGGAUGGGAAAUAAAGCAGAUGAGCUCAUCAAGCAAGGAAAGACGGUCCUAUUUGCAUUCGAGGAAGCUAUUGGUUUUAUGUGUGGUACAGACGUACUUGAUAAGGAUGGGGUAAGUGCAGCUACCAUGGCUGGACAACUUGCAGCUUUCCUGACAUCGACAAGCACAACCUUCACAGAAAAACUGCAGGAAAUCUACCAAACAUAUGGUUUCCACUGCUCCAAUAACUCCUACUACCUGUGCAUGAAUCCUGCCACAAUGACAAAUAUAUUUAAUAGAAUACGAGCUUACGAUGAUGGUCAGUAUCCUAGUUCUUGUGGGAGUUUUCAGAUUACUGGCAUCAGAGAUCUGACGACGGGUUUUGAUAGCAAUCAGCCUGAUAACAAAGCAGUCCUUCCAGUAAGUUCUUCAAGUCAGAUGAUAACUUUCAAUUUUGCCAAUGGUUGUGUGGCGACGCUAAGAGCUAGUGGAACAGAGCCAAAGAUCAAAUACUACACCGAGAUAUGCACAGAACCUGCCGGUGAUCAAGAAGCUGCAAAGAAGGAAUUACAACGUCUUGUUGACAGUAUUGUGGAUCUAUGGCUGCAGCCAGAAAUUAAUCAGCUAGUACCCAAAGAAUAAGUAACAAAACACCUUAGGCCAAAAAAAAAUAAAAACAUGGUUAGCGUCUCCCACCCGCUUCCUUUUUAGAGGGCACCUCCUCUUUUUUUUUCUUUUCUUUUUUAUUAUAAAUAAAGAUAAAAUUAUUUUAAUGAUCUCAGACGAAAAAAACUGAAUUUAAAAAUUAGCCCAGCUGGUUGCAGAAAAAAGGGGCCCUCCUUCCAUUAAAAAAAAAGGCAAGAUGCUAAACAUGUUUAUUUUUUUAUAUGGCCUUACUACAUGAAUCAACUGACGGGUCUGUGCCUAAUUUCAUCAAUGAGCUGUAUACCAGUCACAAAUUGUACAUGUGACAUGGUAGUUUGGCUGGUAACCCUAUUCUGGUAAGCAUAAUUGUGCUGAUUUUAUGCUUAAGCAGCUGCCCAUAUUUCAUACAGCCUAUUUAAUGCACAAAAACUCACAAAGCACAGAAUAGUAUUGCUUAGCAAAAACAGGUUACUGGCCCAAAUUACAUUUUAAGUUUGCAUUGUCGUGGCUGGUG